AUGCCUCCUCGUACAGCUAAUGCAAGGAAUGCUAACGCAGCUCCUCCAAUACCAGAUCGUGAGGUUUUGAACGCAAUGUUUUGGAAUGCUAUCCAGCUUUUGGCUCAAAGUAUGGCAAACCAGAACAAUCAGCACACCCCAGUUCCUACCAAUGCUAAUAGUGGGGUCAACAACAGCCAGAAUUCAAGAUUUCAUUGGGAUGAAUCCGUCAGAGUUUCUAGGGUCGCAGGUUGGUUCUUCCCAAGAGAGUCGAGCGAGUCUAAGGCUCAGGAAUUCAUGAAGUUGAGGCAAGGUACAAUCUCAGUCCAAGAGUACGGACUCAAGUUCACCCAACUCUCUAGUGAAGACAGAGUGAACGAACAUAUGUUGUUAAAGGAGAUGAAUAUCUCUAGGCUCAUGACUCAUGCUCAACAGGUUAAUGGAGAUAAACUUACGGAAAUGUCUAAGGACAACAAAAAGGGUAGGGCAGCUAGUGCUCCAUCUCCCAGGUUUGGACAAGAUAAGAAAGGUAGGGCAUCAGGCUCUAAGUCUCAGGGGAGUGCUUCAGGAAAUAGGACCUAUCCAACUUGUCCAAAAUGUGGUAAGAACCAUCCAGGCGAGUGUCUUGCAGGGAAAGAAGGGUGCUUUGGGUAUGGUCAGUAUGGCCAUAGGUUAAAGGAUUGUCCUUCUGCCAAACAGAGGCAAGGAGGUAACAACUGUACAUCUCAGUCCACAGCUUCAACAGCACCAGCAGGUCGCCCAACUCAGCAGGGUGUUUCAUCUAGUAUAGGUGGCGGUCAGCGCAAGAACAAGUUGAAACGUCUUACAGAAUCGUCAGAUGGUGGAGUAAUAGUUCAGAAUAGAUCUGAAUGUUCAUUGGUAGCGGAGGUUAAGCAAAAGCAAGACAGUGAUCCUAUUUUGCUUCAGUUGAAAGGGGUAGUUCACCAACAGAAAGUAGAGAUUUUAUCCCGGGGGAGAUGGUGUGCUUCGUUACCAGGGUCGCUUGUCUGUUCCUAA